AAAUCAUCGCUCAAAGAGUCUCAAGCAUUUCACCUUCAGCCUAUGUGGUUUUGAAGGAUGUCGAGGCAACCAAUGAAUGUAGCAGAGUGGGCAAUUCUUAUGCCUCCUUGACACUCUCUUUCGGACCAGGCGAACUCAGCACUGCGCCCCAUUGGCUCAACCAAGAAUCCCUCAAUUAUGAGGACAUUUGGUCAAAUUGUAGUGAGGUCUCGAGCUACAAAGAAGCCCAUAGGGGCUCAAUAUGUGGUUGGGAUGAAAACCAGAAUUCCAAUUCUUAUUGCUCUAGAGAGUAUUUCUCUCGCCAAGCCAAUUGGCCAGGAGUAGAACACUGUACUCCAACGCUCAUAUACCCUUUUUCGAAGUUUGGUGAAUUUGAUCCUGCUUGGAAAUCAUGUACGACCUACGCUUGGAACCCUAUAUUUGACCCGCCUCGAACUUUGGAACCAGCGGCUGCGAUAGCCACCGAAGUUCCUACAAAUUCCGAUCCACGGCUGUUUGCCUCCGCCACGCCAGCUGCCAGUCUUUUGCCUCCUUUGGCUCCGGCGACUAAGGUGCCAGACACAUCCACUCCUACUGAAGCUAGCCAGCAUACACCGAGCUAUGUUGAUCCGGUGGAGUAUAUGGAUCCUCAACGUGACCCUUCUGAUACUGAGGGGUCAGAUCUGCAAUUGCCGGCACAGGACCAUGCGGACAAUUCUGCCGACCCAAAGCCGGGAAACAAUCAGCCAGAUGUGUCUAUCAACAACCCCGCAGGAGUAGCGAAGGCCGACAAUUCUCUCAUGAAUGGGCAGGAUCGAUCUCAAAAAGACAUCGGAAUCCUGGUCCCCAAUGGAUCUCCAAUCACCACCAAUGGCGUCAUCUACUCUCUUGCGGCGUCAGCAAUAGCCAUGAUCAAAGAUGGCAAACCCUUUCCAAUUCCCACUAUUGCAGCGAUAGCUCUCGGAUCCCAAACCACACCAAUCUUGACGUUUGGGGGAUCGACUUACAAAGCCGAUACCAGCUCUGCAUUCACGACUAAUGAUCAGAAACUCACGCCCGGGGGUACCAUCACCAUCUCAGGAACGCCAAUUCUUCUUUCAACGGACGGCACAGCGGCGAUUAUAGGUUCAAGUACGCAGACUCUCUUGCCUAACUCGCUACAAACAACAAACCCACCUACGCCCCUUCUCGCACCCUUGCUGACCUUUGGCGGUUCGACAUAUACCGCCGACAAAAAUUCCGCAUUCACAAUAAAGGGUCAAACGCUCACGCCAGGCGGCACUAUCACCAUCCCUGGCACAUCAAUUGCUCUCUCACUCGACGGUACAGCCGCGUCGAUGGGCUCAAGCAGCCAGAUUCUCUUACCAACAUCCGUCCUCCUGCCCGCACCACCCCAACCAACCCCACAAAGCCCCCUUUCUCUUGCCCCACCCCCAACCUCCUUAGCACUUCUUCUAACCCUCUCCAGAUCAGUCUACACAGCAGACACAGCCCUCAAAUUCACCAUCGAUGGCCGAACCCUCGUACCCGGCAGCGCCAUCAUGAUUUCCAGUACCCAGAUAUCCCUAGCCUCGAACGGUCAGUUGGCCGUCAUAGGCUCAAGUACGCAACGUCUCUUGCCCACAAAGAGACCCACCCUAACACCAAAGCUGUCUGAAAUUACCGUCGGAGGACAUGUCUUGACGGCCAUACCAGGUGGGAAGUUCGUGGUAGACGGACAGACCGUGAGCAAAGGCCAGAUAGUCACGAUUUCCGGGACGCCGCUCUCGGUGCCAGUAAAUAUUUUGAAUGUGAGUGGGGCCGGAGGUGGCGACGUAACUGGAUCUGUGGGUAUUGGAGGGUGGGUCAUGAGUGCCUUCAAUCCCCAACAGAGCUCGGUCGUGCCUUUUGAAGGGUCUGCAUGCCGCAGCCGUCGAAUCGACCAGAUCAAAGUGGUGGGAAGGGUGGGGAUGAUGGUACUUGUAAGGGUUGGUUUAGAUAUGAUAUGA